AUGGAAUCUGCUCAAUCCGUGAACAAUUACAACAACAACGUCAAGGUUGAGGCAUCUGACAACGACGACAACAUUUUCGUAGAUCCAAGUGGCUAUUACAGAAACCUCAGCCUUUCCUACUUUGUUGCGGCACCAAAGCGAAUGUUGACUGAGCAUGAACGGCUCAAGGAACGGUGCCUAGAGAAUGGCAACACUGAGGCCCACUAUAUUGAGGGCGUACUUCAAUUCUUCGUCCAGAAAGAUAUCCAGAUAGGACUCAUUCAUCUACGGAAAGCAGCCACUGGUAACAACCCCACUGGUAUGUAUCUUUACGGUUUGUUAAUGCUUGCAGAAGGUCAUACUCAUUCCGGUAAAAAGUAUCUGGACAAACUCAAAUGGAAGAAGGAACGCCGUGUCUCCGAUAAUUGCUGGGAAAGAAUAAAGAACUCACUAAGUGAAAUUCCUGUUCCUAUGAAGCAGCGGUACUUUAACAAUAUGGUCAACCUAUACCCGCAGUCAAAGUGUGAUCCAGAAAACCUAGCUAAAGUAUGCAAGAAGUGUUACUACUUCAAAAGGCUUACGCAGUUUAUAUUAUUUAUAACUAAUAAAGAAUAA